AUGGAGAGUCGUCAAAAGCGGCAGCGAGUCGAUGAUUUGCAGCGAAAUGAUCGUCCUGGAUCACUGUCGACUCCUAUAAGCCCCCCUCGGAAGAUUCGACGUCUUGAGACUGAGCGGCUGGCCUCUCCAUGGCAAUUCACUUGGAUAAGGGAUCUUCCCGAGGAACUCAACUGCGACGCCGUCACCCUGAAAGAUAUUCUCGGUGACCCACUCAUCAGUGAUUGCUGGGAGUUCAACUAUCUGCACGACAUUCCUUUCUUGAUGAACGCUUUUGACCAGGACACAAGACACCUCGUAAACGUCCAUGUUGUUCAUGGGUUUUGGAAAAGAGAUGACCCGCAUCGGUUGGCGCUCACAAUUAAAUCGUCUGAAUUCAGUAAUGUAAAACUCCAUGUGGCUCCAAUGCCGGAAAUGUUUGGCACUCAUCACUCGAAAAUGAUGGUGCUCUUCCGCCAUGACGACACAGCAGAAAUUAUUAUUCACACAGCCAACAUGAUACCAAAGGACUGGACGAAUAUGACGAAUGCCGUCUGGAGGACUCCACGGCUAUCUAAGUCUCCCGCAGGGUUUAGGGAACGGCGAGAGUAUUGUGACCUGCCAAUCGGCAGCGGCGAGAGAUUCAAAGCCGAUCUUCUGAAUUACUUAUCAUCGUACGACCGUCGAAAGCUCACCUGUGGGCCGCUUGUCGGACGGCUUAGUAUGUACGACUUCUCCAACGUCAAAGGUGCACUCAUAGCCAGCGUUCCCGGAAAACACAGCAUACAUGACCCUUCUGGUAGUGCGUAUGGCUGGUCUGGUGCAAAGCGGUACUUGAGUUCAGUUCCGUGCAAAGAAGGUAGUUCAGAAGUUGUCUGCCAAGUGUCCUCUAUUGCGACCCUAGGUGCCAAGGAUACUUGGCUCCAGCGAACACUUUUCGAUUCUCUCGCGGCAUGCAAGACGAAGGCCUUACAAAGACCAAAGUUUAGCAUCGUAUUUCCGACGGCAGACGAAAUAAGAAGGUCCCUAGAUGGCUAUGCAUCUGGGGCCUCGAUUCACACAAAAGUUCAGUCGUCUCAACAGGCCCAGCAACUGGGCUACUUACGACCCAUCCUGCACCACUGGGCCAACGACAGUCCAAACGGCACUGCCUUAUCACCUGAAAUCACGGUGCGGAAUGGUGGACGAGACAGGGCAGCGCCACACGUCAAAACUUAUGUUCGUUAUAACGAGGAGGGCUCGAUCGACUGGGCCAUGCUUACAUCUGCCAAUAUUUCAAAACAGGCAUGGGGAGAUGCCUCGGGGCCGUCUGGCGAGCUGAGAGUGGCAUCUUGGGAAGUUGGCGUUCUGGUAUGGCCGGGCUUGGUGGUGCGAGAUGUCUCAAUGGUCGGGACGUUUCUACCCGAUGCACCAACCGAGCUGGAAGAAGAGGCCAGUUCCAGGGCUGGUGACGGCAGCAAUGGACGGGCUGAUGUUUUCUCAACCUGGUUCGAGCAACCAUCCCCUCUCGCAGCUCUUCCCUUUCUCGCCUUUCGGAUACAAACUAGCCUCGUCGCCGACUCGGACGCCCUGCCAACCACGAUGGAGCAUGGGAGAAGCAUUGGAAACUCGCCCAGUCGCCGCGAUGUCUUGUCAAGCUCCGCCCAACAAAGAUUCCUGUCCAGCUCCCCAUUAGCAGGGCGAUUUCUCGCCGAAGACAUAGCCGCAUGCUCUGAUGACGGCUAUGACGACACCGUGGCGGAAGACCAUAUCGACGCUGAACGACCCAGUCACCUCAUGUAUCGCCGCCCCAGCGGCGUUGCCUAUGGCGGAACAAGACCAGUCUUUAAUGCGCAGCCUAUUGACGAACCCGUCCUGACGCCAAUGGAGAGAAGACAGUCUCGCCAAGCCGAAAGAAGCCUCCUACGAGACAACCAUGUGCUGCCCCCCAAGCACAGAACCCAGAAGCAGAAGCUGUCCUUUGCCCGACGUCUAUACGGCACACUCUUUAGCACAAAGCUGCCACGGGGAACCGUCGACGAGGAACCGCCCGAAUACGCCCCUACGGAAACCUCGCCACUCUUCAAUGGACAUGGCGAGGGUGUAGGCUCCGACGCCGGGUCCGGCUCAGCAGACGAUGUGCUGGAGCAACAGUGGGAAGAGGCCAUUGCGUCCGGCCGAUUGCAAACUACGUGGCAGAGAGAAACAAAGACGAUUGUGGCUUAUUCCUGGCCACUAAUUAUUACAUUCGUCCUGCAAUAUUCCAUUAACGUCACGAGUAUUUUCGCCGUGGGCAGGAUUGGGAGGAUUGAGCUCGGAGCUGUUUCAUUGGCCAAUAUGUCACAGGCAAUUAGUUGCCUCGCCCCCUUCCAAGGCUUAGCAACGAGUCUGGACACACUCUGCGCCCAAGCCUACGGCUCGGGUCACAAGCACCUGGUUGGCUUACAAUGCCAACGAAUGGCGUGCUUUCUCAUGUUCUUGUCGGUCCCGGUCGCCAUACUCUGGUUAUUCGCCGACAGAAUCCUCGUCUACGUCGUCCCGGACGCAGAAACCGCCCGUCUGGCAGCCCUGUAUCUCAAGGUCAUGAUCGCCAGCAUCCCCGGCGUCAUCCUCUUCGAAGUCGGCAAGCGUUUCACCCAGGCACAGGGCCUCUUCCGGGCAACCACCUACGUGCUCCUGGUUGCUGCACCCAUCAACAUCUUCAUCAACUGGCUUCUCGUAUGGAAACUCGGUCUAGGUUUCGUCGGCGCACCCAUUGCCGUCGCCAUCACGGAGAGCUUGUUGCCAAUCCUUCUCGUCUUGUACAUUGUCCUUGUUGAUGGCAAGCAGUGCUGGGGCGGCUUCAGCAAGCGCAUCUUUACAAACUGGUGGAUCAUGAUUAAGCUCGCCCUCCCUGGUAUGAUCAUGGUCGAGGCAGAAUGGCUCGCAUUUGAGAUCAUGACCCUCCUGGCUGGGCAGUUUGGCACCGAAUUCCUCGCUGCGCAGAGUGUCCUAGUUACCCUGUCCAGUAUCUCCUACCAGAUUCCGUUUCCCAUGUCCAUUGCCGCGUCUACACGAGUGGCAAACCUCAUGGGGGCGGGGCUUGUUGAUGCCGCCAAAAUAGCCGCCAAAGUGACCGUUGUACUAGCAAGCAUCCUCGGCGCCCUCAACGUAACCAUCUUCUCCUCCCUCCGCUUCCACCUCCCCGUUCUCUUCACCAACGACCCGGAAGUCAUCAAGAUUGUCGCCAGCGUCCUCCCCCUCGUGGCUGUCAUGCAACUUUUCGAUGGUCUCAGCGCAGGCGCGCAUGGUCUCCUCCGCGGCUGGAAUCUCGAAGGUCUGUGGGUCGGCGUCACUAUUGGCUUGGUACUCGUGUCCGUCAUCGAAUACACGUACCUCUUCAAAACAGACUGGCACAAGGCCGCUCUUGAAGCAGAGGCGCGAAAUGCCGCCGGUUGA